GUUCAGAGGUUGGGUGACCUUAGUCUUUUACCAUGACGAGAUCAGGUGCCUUCAAACUCAGCAUUGUCUUCUUUCUCACCUUAAUCCUGUGUCUACCAGAGUUUUUUCCAGAAAUAUCUCAAAUUAAGUUUAUCUGUGAGCUGUUUGACCCUUGCACUCCUGAAAAUGAUGCACAGGUGUGUGCUCCAGAUGACCCUCCAUGUGUGACAGAAAAGAUAAAUGGCAGCAGUCAACACACACAUGAAGACUGGUAUCUGUGUAAGACUGAAAUAGAUCUGCAGCUUCUCUACAACAAUACCUCAGAGUCAGAAAUGGAUGUGAAAGUGGUACUGGCAAUGAAGGCAGGCAAUCUCUCUGGAUGGAACAUUAGUGUGUAUGCGUUUCUCAACAACACUGAUCUGUACACUGGACCCCAAAAUGACCAGAGACUCUUCUCCUGCUACCUCCCUCCAGAAAACAGCAAAUGUCCAGAUCUGAACAUAACUAUGCAUGAAAACACCAGCACUCCAAUACAAGACACCUCGAUUUUAAAAACCAUUACUUCUGCAAACCCAGCCACCUCUUCGCUCAAAACAACUACACUAUCUUUCCAAGCAACAGCUUUUACAGAUGAGCUGAAGUGCCAACCAAACAGCAGCAGUUUCCUCUUUUACUACCAAGAGCAAAAUGAAACAGCAAGAUCUGCUGCAUUAUCAGCGACACAAACAAGAAAAGCUGGCCGGUGGUGUGUGAUCACUUUGGUGUGGUUUGCUCUGGUACUGACUGUGGUUGUGGUGACACUAGUGAGUGUGGGCAGUCUGAUCUUCAAGAGCAGAAAACAGAGAAAGUCCCACUUGGCCACAUUUGUGCCUGAUUCAGCCAGUGGACAUCAGUUCAAAGAGCUCAGGAAACAAAAAGGAAAUUUAAUGAGAGAUGCCCCUGAUGUGUCCAUAGCAAUAUGCAGCAUAAGUGAUGGUGGUGUAUUCUCUCAGAUCUCUUCAGUGGAGAACAGAACAGAUGAAAACCUUCUGAAGGUAGAUGACAUCAAGAGAAGUAAGUUUUGGGAUAUUUUUAUGCAGUGUGACAGAGCACAAUAAUUACAGGCGAAGUGUCCUGGAACUGAUUUAAUAAUGAAAAUUCUGUUAUCAUUUAUUCACCUCACGCUGUUCCAACCAGGUGACUUUCAUUUUCUGUGGAAUAUAAAUAAAGAUGUUUUGAGAAUGUCCGUGCUGUUCAUUUCCAUGUAAUGAAAGUGAAUGGGGUUCAGGGGACGGCAAGCUCUAAAGGGACACAAAAGCACAUGUGUGACUCUUCUGGAGCAAUAAGAUAACUUUGUGUGCCAUGGGCUGUGGUCAUCAUUCGCUUUAAUUGCAUGUAAUAGCAGACA